AUGGGCGCGGUGGCGGGGGCAGAGGCGGCAACAAACCGGCCUGCGCUGCUGGUGACAAUCGGUCCGCAGUGCGCCGGGAAGACUAGCCUGCUGAGGGCGCUGGCGGCGAAGAGUGAGGUGUACCACAAGAUCCCCACGGCUCUCUUGCUAGGCGGCUGCGCCCGGGGUAGCCCGGAAGAUUUACUGCUGGCGCAGCGCCCCCUGAGCGAUCGCCUCGGCGACCCCGGUUGCGUGGAAACCCGACUGGUGACCUUUCGGCUUGAGGGGCACAUCUCUGCAGAGGAGUUUGCGGGCCGGCUGGGGGAGUGCAGGGGUCAGGCGUCGCCGGCAGCCAUCGCGGCUCUCUGCAGGGCCGUAGAGAGCGCGGUGUCGGACAACGUGAGGAUUUCCACCCCCACCGUAGACGUUUUCGUGAGGGAAAACCUCUUCCCUGACGCCAUCUCGUCCAGCCAGGAGAGGUUGGCGGCCGCUGCGACGGACGAGGACGGGCUAGUGGCGUGGGGGAACACCAAUACCCAGGCGAGGGACUACCGGGGAGCGCUAGAGCAAGCAGAGCGGACCGGACGGCCGGUUCGGUUCCUGCGGUGGGGCCACGAGCUGCCCUUCUUGAGCCUGGAGGAACUGAGUCGGCGCAACGUGUGCCGUUUCGCGUAUACAGGAAGGUACGUCGAAACGGCGGCCAUCGAGAACGCCCUCGCUCGAGUCGACAAGCUCUACGCCUCCACCGCUGGGGGAGACCCAGCGAGGCUAGCCCUUGCGGCCGGUUUCCAGAUGGAUGCCUCCGGCGGGGUUCACUCCCAAUCAUCCCCCCCCCGACGCAGGCACGACAGCCCAAGAUCUCGUGCCGGCCGCGGCAACGGCAGUUGGGAGAGGAAUACGCGGCGACGCGUGGGUGGCGGGGGAACAGCAGACACGAGCGCGUACAGCGGCGGCGGUAUCGGGGGCUCGGAAGGUGUCGUGCGUGGGAGGGACGGGGCGUGGGACAACAGAGGAGGCAGCGGGACGUGGUUCCAUGACGAAGCGAGUCGGCGAACCACGCGGCGGGAAGCUACCUCGCACGGCGUACCGCCGCCGCCACCGAUGGCACAACCGACACCGGCCGCCGGGCCUGACCGGUUCACAAUCGAAGGCGCGGAUCGUCGGCGCUACGAAGACACCGGCGCUCCUCUGGGGCUAGCGCAGGAAUGGACCCCUCGGGGAGGCACCGGCGCGGGGGGAAGCAGCCGACGUCGGGACCACUCCGACACGGGGUGGGGGGUAGGGGGCCCCGCGGGCGUGCCCCCGACGGUGAUGUUCGGGAACGAGUGGGGAAGGAAGCGGGAGUGGCGACGGACCGGCUACACUGACGAUGACAUCGACCCGGGGAUGGGGUCGUGCUUCUUCAGGACCCCGGCGAACUCCACCGGGGUGCUCAGGCGCAGCGACCUUGGGGAAGGGAUGGGGGCGGACCUGGAGGAGAUGGAGCUCGUGCGGCGGAUCAAGAGUUUCCGGCAGCGACGAUGA